AUGGACUGUAGUACCCCCCCACACACUGAAGCUGGUUACUCUUAGUAACAGUGUUGGAUCUUCUGCAUGCUCUGUAUUGACAGCAAUGGGUUGUGGGAAUUCGAGAUCUGUUAGAAUUCAUCCUCAAGAGAGGAGUGAUGGUCAGCAGAGACAAUCACAACCAGUGUCAGCAAGUACUGUCACAGAAAAGAUUGUCACACCAGUCAUCACUGGAGAGCAGGUCAAACUGACAGUAGAGGACCUGGAAUCAAGCCCACCAAUCUCCCCUGACAAAGAAACCAAACAAGAAACGGUUGAACCUCCGCCUGUGAAAGAAGAUGAAACAAUUGUACAAGAUCUUGAGGCUAAAGGCCAACCAGACUCCGCCCCCCCUCAAGAUGGCACACCAAACGAAGGAGAGGAGACUGCUAUUAAAGAUGACGUAAUGAAAGUUGAAUCGAUCUCUUCUCUUGCGAUGACUACAGUGGAUCGUAGUGCACCGAACACACUCUCAGAACCAGCUGCUCCCCCCGGACUAGACACUACCCUCGUGCUCUCAGGCUCACAGUCUCGUCUCCCUCUUCAGCCGGCCCUGGAUAACAGAGGGGGUGGGCUGGGGUCCGAACUAAAGAGCCAAUCUGCAAGCAUUGUGGCUACAGAUGACAAGGCAUCGCUAGCUCCUAGAGCAACACACUCACAAACUGACAUGGAUGGAGUUGAAGUAACUGAUCUGAAAACUGUGAACCAAGUCUCGAGUAAAGAAGAAGCUGAGCCGCCAGCUAAACAGCCUGUGAACAGUAUUGGAGAAGGUACUGAUGCCCCACAACUUGAUGAGGAGAAGACGGCUUCUAAAAAUUCACUAAAGAAGGUCGAAUCUGAGCCAAAGAUUGAAGACAGUCCAGCUGCACCAACUAGCGAGGCUACUGAUAGCACUCCCUUUGCAUCCGGGGAAUCCCCUCCAGUACAAUCACCUGACAACACCGACUUGCCCACUGAACAGACGGACAAACCCUCACAGAAAGAUAACGAUACAACAACCACUGACCCUCCCCCCGUGAAAGAACCUUGCGAUGCAACCACUGGCCCUCCCCCCGUAAAAGAACCUUGCGAUGCAACCACUGGCCCUCCCCCCGUGAAAGAACCUUGCGAUGCAACCACUGACCCUCACCCUCCCCCCGUGAAAGAACCUUGCGAUGCAACCACUGAUCCUCCCCCCGUCAAAGAACCUUGCGAUGCAACCACUGGCCCUCCCCCCGUGAAAGAACCUUGCGAUGCAACCACUGAUCCUCCCCCCGUCAAAGAACCUUGCGAUGCAACCACUGGCCCUCCCCCCGUGAAAGAACCUUGCGAUGCAACCACUGAUCCUCCCCCCGUCAAAGAACCUUGCAAUGCAACCACUGACCCUCCCCCCGUCAAAGAACCUUGUGAUGCAACCACUGAUCCUCCCCCUGUGAAAGAACCUUGCGAUGCAACCACUGAUCCUCCCGUCAAAGAACCUUGCGAUGCAACCACUGGCCCUCCCCCUGUGAAAGAACCUUGCGAUGCAACCACUGGCCCUCCCCUCGUGAAAGAACCUUGCGAUGCAACCACUGAUCCUCCCCCCGUCAAAGAACCUUGCGAUGCAACCACUGAUCCUCCCCCUGUGAAAGAACCUUGCGAUGCAACCACUGGCCCUCCCCCCGUCAAAGAACCUUGCGAUGCAACCACUGGCUCUCCCCCUGUCAAAGAACCUUGCACUGAAACAAAGGAGUCAAAUAAGUUGAUGGGUGAUGAAAAUUCACCACAAAAUAGCGAAGACAACGAAAGUACCCCACCAGACAGCAAAGAACGACAUGAGGAGGGCAGUAGUAACCUUAAGACGGAGCCCACCCCGAAAAGCAGUCCAACUCUCUCCAAGAGGACUGAAGAUUCAGACUCACGUAAGAUUGACCACAGCACUGGACAAUCCUCGGCCGUGGAGCUGGACAGCACUGAGACCACACCCAUUACCCCCGUACACGAAGUCCCAGCAACUGUGUAACAGUUUUAUUUUUUGUGUUUUUAUCUUGCUAUCAUGAUGAUUACUGUAAAUAUUUUGUAGAUAAAAAUGUGUUCACUCGAAAAUAUAUUACUGCAAUAA